GCCCCCUCGUCCGCUACUACAUAUUUAAAUACUACUCUCUCGUUUACUUCCUCGUUUGCCCCCCCGCCUCUGGUGCGAGAUGAGAUAAAAAAAGUCCUGUUAAUACUUAUACCAUCGUACCUGCCUUUUUCUUUUCUUCUGUAUCCCUGUACAUCUAUACGUAUAUGACUCCCCUCUCGAUCUACCUUCAAUAGCCCGGCCAUUCCCAUAUCAUCGCCGCAAUGGCUUCCCCUAUCGAGUUUGAGAUCUCGCCAAACCCUCGUACCCGUGAGGAAAACCAAGAGCGAGCGUUCAUUGCUGCCUCUCGGCGGAAAGAUCGGAGCCUCGAUGCCCGUCUCGAAUCGGCCAACCGUGCUUCUCAGCUGCACAAGCAGCGGACCGGCAAAGCUCUCCUGAUUACCCGGGAGAUUGUUGAAAAAGAGGCCAUGUACGAAGAAGUAGAUGACCGCUACAAGGAGAAACUACAACGCAUGCUGGAAGCGCAGAAUUUGCAAAUCAACACCCAGUUCCAACAGAAUCUCCUCGCCACCUUGGCCAUGCGACCCGGCUUGCAGCAUCGCCGGGCCUCCAUGAUGGCACAGCGCGGCCCCAUGGACGGGGUACGCAAAAUGAGCCUGGACCUCUCCAGCAUUCGCAGCUCCUUCUCGGAGGGCAUGCGUGGGAGCCCGAUCACCAGCCCCAUGGCCAUGAGCGCCCACCCGAGCUACGCGAUGUCGCCCUCGUACGACGGGAACUCACAUUCCCCGUCCUCAUUCCAUCAUCCCAACGUGGUGCCCGCCUCGUCGGGUCCCAUGCCAUCCUACAUUGCCCAGUCGACCCCCACAUGGCCCGCACACAUCGGCCCGCAGCACGUUCGGACGCCUUGGGCUGGCUUUAACCCUGGGGACAUGAACAUGCCAGUGCGCCAGUUCCGAGACCGUCUGGGUUCUGCACCGGUUAUUCCCGUGCAUGCGAUCCCCUCCAGUGCCGCAUACCGACCGACACCCACUGCUCAACACAGUCGCAACCGCUCCGAACCAGGCCAAACGCCUGCCCAGCGGAUGCCGUCCCACACGCCCUCCGUCGAGAACACUCCGAGAGUGGAGCCUCGCAUGGAUGGGCUUCCCACUGAAACCUUGCCUACGACCUUGCCGACUCCCGAUCUCUGUCCCACCCCCAGCACGCCUCACUCGCCUACCUCCACUGCGAAGCAUAGUGACGUUGCCUUCGACACCCUGGACCCCAAGGAAUCGGACUGCGUUUCCUUCUCGCAGCCGUUCCUGGACCAGGACUUCGUCGACUUCCAGGGCCUCUCGUUCUCCUUGGGUAGUAACCCGACCAUCCCCUCGUUUGAUAACACACUGCACCAUCCGGAAACCGAAUGGAAGCCGGACGAGGUGGUCCAAAUGGACGACUGGCUCGUCGGUGCCUAACCUCGUCCAAUUUUUCAAUUUUCUUGUUUUCGAAUGAUGAUCCUUGCAUAACUACACCAGGUAGCUUAGGGCGUUUCAUCCUUCAUUGUUUUUCUCUUUUCUACCUGUUUUUACUCAUUUUUACUCAUCUAUAGCUUUGCGUUCUUUUCAAAGAGUUGAAGUUGCGCUGGACCAGUCAGGGCAAUACCCCGGGAUGAAUGGCGUUUCAAUU